UGCUGGGCCUGCCCGAGGCCCGGCCGUGCCUCCUCCUGGAUGUGGGCUGUGGCUCUGGGCUGAGUGGGGAUUACAUCUCUGAAGAGGGUCACUACUGGAUUGGCAUGGACAUCAGCCCUGCCAUGCUGGAUGUGGGCCAUGGCAUUCCCUUCAGACCUGGCAUGUUUGAUGGCUGUAUCAGUAUCUCUGCAGUGCAGUGGCUCUGCAAUGCUGACAAGAAAUCCCACAGCCCUCCAAAGCGCCUCUAUAAGUUCUUCUCAACUCUUUAUGCUGCCCUGGCCCGAGGAUCCAGAGCUGUCCUGCAGCUGUACCCUGAGAACUCAGAACAGCUGGAGCUCAUUACAGCCCAGGCCAUGAGAGCUGGCUUUACUGGGGGGAUGGUGGUGGAUUACCCCAACAGUGCCAAAGCCAAGAAGUUCUUCCUUUGUCUCUUCGUUGGAACACCUGGCACGUUACCGAAGGGCCUUGGUACUGAAUGUGCUGAUGGAGAAGAGAUACAGCAGGCCAAGUUCACCAACAAGAGGACACGGUUCACAAACAUGAAGGGCAAGUCUGUGAAGAAGAGCCGGGACUGGAUCCUUGAGAAGAAGGAGCGUAGACGACGACAGGGCAAGGAAGUGCGAGCGGACACCAAAUACACGGGUCGGAAGCGCCGCCCUCGUUUCUGA